UGAUGGCUGGGAGCUGUCGUCUGCUAUGACAAGUGUAGCAUCGUUUGUAAGCAGGCCUAUUCACCUCUUGACAGGUGAACCCUCCGGCGCCACUGCCGAGGAGAUUUUAGAAACAAAAGAUCGAGACACACAUAAGAGAUUUGAACACCAUGAGACUAACCCAUUCAUCCCUAACAUGGCUGGCAUUAGCAGCAGUUACCUUGGUAGUGGUAGAAGCACAGAGGGAAUGCAUCAAAUAUCUCAGUAGUGCGGAGGGCUUAUUUAAAAAGCCAUUCUAUAUGAAGUCCCAUUACCAAAAUUCUAUGAUUACCAAUGUGACAUUGAUCGAACGUCAUUCUUACUACAAAUGUGAGCCAGCUGAGGAUAAGUAUGGUAUCGACAGUACUGGGAAGGAAUGGUGGGUGUUCAGGGGGUGUGGAGGAGUGUUCGACAUUGAGGAGUGUACAGAGGGAGGCUCGCUCCAACUCAAGGUCAAGGAGGAAAUACCUGCCGAACAGAGAGAUAUGGAAAAGAAAACCAUGCAGGAAUUUGGAGUUUUACAGACAAGUGCUGAGAUAAAGGAUUUCGAGGGAAGUCACCAACUUCUGAUUCUUCAAGACGGGGAUGAAUAGUAUUCUGUUGCAUGCUAUGCCAAAUUAUGUAUACCAACAAUAAAGGGAAGAAAGUUGAACAGCA